AUGGAGAAUAUCACAUGCCAAGCAUUUUUAACAGCUUGUCAGGGAGGUGAUCUUAACAAAGUAAGAAAGUUUCUUUCUCAAAAUUGUGAUGAAAAUGAUAUCCUCAAUAUUCAAGAUGAGUAUCAUAAAUUAAAUCCUUUACAAUGGGCCAUAAUAAAUAAGAGAAUCACCAUUAUCAAACUUUUACUUGGGCAGAAAAAGUGUCCUAUCAGCGUGAAUGAUCCACGGAUGGAAGCCUCUGGAACACCAUUAUACUGGGCUAUUAGAUACGGUUACGUUGAUAUUACAAAUUUUUUGCUUUUAAGAGGAGCUAGAUUCCAUGAUUCACUGUUGCAUACCGCUAUCAAAAACUCUCAUUUAUUAAUGGUAAUUUAUUUAGUGUCAAACCAAUCUGUUCAAUGUGAUAUUAAUUCUCAAGAUUCACGAGGAAAUACUGUACUACAUUGGAGUUGUUUCCAAAAUGAUCCGCUAACUGUCAAAUUUUUGUUGAAAUUUGGUGCUGAUGCUAACAUUCGCAAUAAUCUUGGCCAGCUACCAGUCCAUUUUGCUAUCCAAAGAGGAAACUCGGAAAUAUUAAAUUCUUUAAUUAAACAUGGAACUGAUUUAAACGUCUCAAAGGAAACAAAUACGGAACAUAAUUUCAUAUCUUUUUCAGAAAAAAUGGGCACCUCCAUUAUAUUUAAAGAAGUAUUAGGAAAAAAAUUAACUCAAAUGAAAACGGUGAAAGAAGUAUUAAAUAUAUGUUCUUUGUACAGAGCCUUAAAACGAAAGGUUAUUGGAUUCUUAGUUCCUUGGACUCUCAUUGUAUAUAUUCAAUUGGUGUUAUUAUUAAAUUCAAGAAGAAUAUUUAUCUUUUCUAUGAUCCCAAUAUUAUCCUCAUUCAAGAAAAUUUCACAAUUUGAUGCUGACAAAACUAUUAGAUUCUCUCUUCUGAAGGGUAAUUUUAUUGGAUCAAUUGUAUUGUCGGCAGUGAUCUUAGUAUUAGUCUUCCCACAUUUGUCAUCUUCACGUAAUACGUACCUUUUAAUAGGUUUGAUAGUAAUUGUGAAUUUUUUCCUAUCAGCUCUUCUAUAUGCCAGAAUUAAAGAAAAAUAUGAAAUCGAAGCAAAUUUAAAUGCCAUUGAACUUACAGUGAAACAACUUCUAAAAUCUCAACAAUUGGAUACUGAACAUUUUUCAACAGAAACCUACAAAUAUAGAUUAAAUACACCUGUCACAACCGACCCAUUUAUUGGCGAUACUCCUGUCAUAUCUGAGAGGAUUUUAACGAAAUCGAAUGCCCAGUCAAUUGUGAUAAACGUUCUAGCUAUAAUAGCCUUAACAUUAACGAUGAAUAUAGCGUAUACAAUAUAUGAGAAGAAUCGUCAAUUUUUGGCUAGUUUAUUGCCUUGGAAAGAUUGUUUGAACGAAACGUUUUUGAAAUCUUCAUUAAUUGUGCUCUGUUUCGAAUUUAUCUUUCUUCUAAAGCUGUUGACAUCAAGAUUUAUCCAACGAAGAAGAUCUUCGCAUUCUAAAAGCAAAGAAACUUCCGUUAGUUCCAUGGUAUAA